AUGCAGGCAAGCGCGGAGGAGGAGGAGCAGCUGAGCUGCCUGAGAAGUUGGAUCGCGUCAGUGAUAGGGGAUGUAUGCCCCUCGGACUUGCGAGCAGCCUUCCGUGACUCUCAGUGUUUGGUUGCACUGGUGGAUGCCCUGGACGCGAGCAAGGUGCUUGCUCCCGAACUUUCUCCGCGCACUGAAGAGGACGCGCUCCUCAACUUCGCCACCAUCAUCGACUUCUUGAACAGGAGAGGGUUCCGGCUCGCCACCAACGCGCAGGGCCUGAUGAUGUCCCGAGACGUCAAGGGCGUGCUGCAAGUGCUGUGGGCUAUGGCGGAGUUCUUUGUUUGCAUCCCGCAGUUCUCAAGGAGACAUAGUCCUCGUAGGAGGAAACAGCAGGGGAUGAUUGCGAACGGCUUCCUGUGCGCCUGA